AUGAGCAAUGGAGGGAACCGCAUGCGGAGUGAAGAAGUCGUGCUUCUCUUCUGUUCCACCGGAACUCUCAAGACGCGUGGCCGGCAAGUGAACGCCGAUGAGGGGAAAGACCGGGAUAUGCAAGCAUGUUGGGGUAAGAAUACUAAUGUCUAUACGGCAAAUGACGGCAACGUCUUUGCAAGCAACUCAACUGCCAGUAACAGCCACUCUGGGGGCUUGCUAAGUGCCAAGGCAGGGUUUAUUGGAGCCCACGUGGUUGACAACCUUCUGGCACGCGGGCUGAGAGUACGUGUUGCUGUUCGGAAUCUCGCGAAAGGGAAUGCCCUGCGCGAUGCAAGACCACACUAUGCCUCCAGGCUCGACUGUGUCCUGAUCGCCGACUUUGCAGAAGCCACUUCUUUGGAAGAAGCUGUAGCGGGUGUCGAUGGCAUCGUCCAUGUUGCCAGUCCAUUGACCUAUAGCGUCCAAGACACCGAGAAAGAUAUCAUCUUACCUGCUAUAAAUGGAGUGAAAUCGGUGUUGAAAGCAGCGGCCAACACCCCGCAAAUCCGACGAGUUGUCAUCACAUCUUCGUUUGCAUCCGUCAUUGAUGUCAACAGAAAGGCACCGCCACAUUUUACCUACACUGCAGCAGACUGGAAUCCUCUGACAUACGAAGAAGCGGCAGACAACAAAACAUCCGGCGUGGUUGCUUAUCGGGGCUCCAAAAAGUUUGCAGAGCUUGCGGCCUGGGAGUUCAUGGAAAAGGAGAAACCUACCUUUGACCUUGUAACGCUCUGUCCGCCAAUGGUGUUUGGGCCAUUUGUCCACCCAGUGGCCAGACUCGAAGACUUGAACGACAGUGCGGCCAAAGUGUGGGAGGUGGCUUCUGGCGCCGAUCCAAUGCCCGUUGCUCGAGUGCCUUUUUGGGUUGAUGUCAGGGAUCUUGCUCAGGCACAUGUCGAAGCCCUGUUGAGGCCACAAGUAGGUAACCGCCGUUUCACUGUGGCCUCGCCAGAACGAUUCUCCUACCAGAAGGCGGCCGAGAUUGUCGCCAGAGAGUUUGAUUGGGGCAAGUCCAGGGUCUGUCAGUCUAACGCAAAGCAAGAGAUCGACGAGUCGUAUGAUCUCGAUGGGGCAACGGCAGCAAGGGAGUUGGGCAUCGCAUAUAGAUCUUUUCAACAAUCUGUGGUUGAUUUUGUCACCCAAGCUGUCGGCUUGGAGGCAUCUCAAAAGGGUGGAUAG